AUGGCGCCUGCACGCAAGCGAGGGAAGCGAGGAGGUGCUAAACGGUCGCGUCCUGGGCAAAAUGCGUUCCAGACGUCGCGAGUUGAGGACAUACGCGACGACCAGUCAGCAGACGGGGCUGAGGAAUUCCCCAACGGCGUCGAAGAAGAGGCACAGGAUCAGGAAGCCUUAGAUCUGUCCUCCGACAGCGAGGAGGAAGAGGAGAAAUCCAAAGAACGGCCCUACAAUACGUUGCUGCAGCUGUUUAAUGCCGGUUCAGGUCCUGCUCGCAAGAAGCGGAAGCUGCGUCACAAGGACGACGAAGCAAAGGACGAUGAUAAAGCUGAAGUAGUCGCGGAAGAGGCCCAAGAGCCCCAGGAGAUCGACGUGCUGGAGGCUCAAGAAGCGUCCGAAGAAGAGGACGAAGGGGCAGAAAAUGCAGGCGCUGGCGAGGCGGAUGAUGAAGAGGAAGACGUAACGGACCCGUUUGAGACACAUUUCGCGAAUCCAGACGAGACACAACUGUCGCAGAGAGUACAGGCUGUGUCUGAGGGGAAGUGGCGCCCUACCAAAAAGGAGCUUCCAGAUGGGCUGCGGUUGGCACAUAGCGUUCCUGAUGUUGACGGGAAAGAUGAAAGCAUCCCGCCGCCGGUGCGAAGUACGAGCAAUUUAAAGCUCAAGAGAAAGCUGGUGUCUCCUGCUGCCGAUCUCAUUCCAAGUUUCAAUAAUCUCUCUCAGCAUGUCGCCUCGCUGAUGUUCAACUAUCACGAUCUUCUCCUGGGUGUGAGGACAACGUCGAACGCCGCGCACUUGAGAGACUUGCUCUGUCUGCAUCUUCUCAAUCAUGUUUUGAAGACGCGGGAUCGGGUGAUCAAGAACAAUUCCCGUCUUGCAAAGGACCAGGGAGAAGAGAUGGAGCUACGAGACCAGGGAUUUACAAGACCGAAAGUGCUCUUAAUUCUGCCUACCAGACAAGCUUGUGUUCGAUUCGUCGAGACGAUAGUCAAGCUCUAUCAACCCGAGCAGCAAGAAAACAAGAAGAGGUUUCUGGACGAGUACAACUCGACGGAGGAUCCGGCGUGGGAGAACAAGCCGGAGGAUUUCAAGGCGCUGUUUGGCGGGAACGACGAUGACAUGUUCCGGCUGGGCCUGAAAUUCACCCGCAAGACAGUCAAAUACUUUACACAGUUCUACAACUCGGACGUCAUCAUCGGGAGUCCGUUGGGUUUGCGCACCGUUAUGGACAAAGAAGAUGUGAAAAAACGCGACCACGAUUUCUUAUCAUCCAUCGAGCUGGCCAUCGCCGACCAUGCCGAUGCGCUUCUGAUGCAAAACUGGGAUCAUGUGGAGUACAUCUUCAACCAUCUCAACCUGCAGCCGAAGGAGGCCCACGGGUGCGAUUUCAGCCGGGUGCGCACAUGGUACCUGGACGACCGGGCGCGAUAUCUCCGGCAGACCAUCGUCUGCGCGUCUUUCAUCACGCCAGAGAUGAACUCGUUGUUCUCGGCACACAUGCACAAUAUCGCCGGGAAAGCGAAGGUGACACCGUUUUACAACGGGGCUAUCACUGAGAUUUCGCUUCCGGUGUCGGUGAAGCAGACAUUCUCCCGCUUUGACUCGUUGUCGCCUCCCAAGGACCCGGAUGCGCGAUUCAAGUACUUCACGACGGCGAUUCUUCCAUCGCUGACACGAGCGGUGGCGGGCAAGGGAAAGGGCAACAGCGCAGGCACGUUGAUCUUCAUCCCGUCGUAUCUGGACUUUGUGCGCGUGCGCAACUUCUUCGCGACGUCGCCGCAGACGACGAACAUCUCCUUCGGAGCCAUCUCGGAGUACUCGUCGGUGCAGGAGGUGGCGCGGGCGCGGAGCCAUUUCAUGACGGGGCGGCAUGCGGUGCUGCUGUACACGGAGCGCACGCACCACUUCCGGCGGUACAAGAUCCGGGGCACCAAGCGGAUCAUCAUGUACGGGCUGCCGGAGAACCCGGCCUUCUACGGCGAGCUGGUCGAGUUCCUGGGGCUGGACCCGGCGGGCGUCGUUGAGGCGGCGGCGGGCGGCGUGCGCGCCAUGUUCUCCAAGUGGGAUGCGCUGAAGCUGGAGCGCAUCGUGGGCAGCCAGCGCGUGGGCAGCCUGCUGCGGGAGAAGGGCGGCGAUACCUUUAGUUUUGUGUAG